UUCAGGAAAAGGGACGCUGGAUGCAAGUACAAAAAUGAACUGCUGAUGAAUUGCAGAUUUCAUUCUUGCUAUCAAUUUUCCAAGGUUUCCUAGAUCUUGUAUGAGUGUUAAUCAUGUCAGACACUCCAGAUUCCAAGAACGAGGUCUCAUCUGCCUCUAUUGCGGCGGAGGAGAAGAGCGAUGCCGUCCCAACGUUUCCGGAUGGCGGGCUCAAGGCAUGGUUGGCGGUUGCAGGCGCCUUUAGCACUAUGUUCUGCACUUUUGGAUACCUGAGCACCUUUGGUGUACUGGAGUCAUACUAUUUCAGUAACCUUCUACGGGGCAGUUCCCACUCUGAGAUUGCCUGGAUUGGAUCACUGCAAGCAUUCUUUAUGUGCACCACCGGUCUAGUGUCCGGGCCGCUGGUGGAUCGAUAUGGAACAAAGAUGGUCCUAAUACCGUUCUCUCUUCUAUACGUCACCUCCGUGAUGUUAACAUCACUCUGCAAAGAGUAUUAUCAAUUCCUUCUUGCCCAGGGUAUCCUGGGUGGGUUUGGUAUCGGGAUGCUUUAUACUCCUGCUAUCUCAAUCCUUGGUCACUAUUUCCAAGAGAAGCGCGAUCUUGCCAUUGGCAUUUCAUCGGCCGGCUCGCCACUUGGGGGCAUAAUCUUCCCGAUCGCGCUCAAUCGCUUCCUCCGACAUACGGACAUUGGGUUCCCCUGGUCCGUUCGAAUCAUCGGGUUUAUUAUGCUCGUCUUGCUCUCCAUUGCGUGCGCAACCCUUGUACCACGUAUCUCGCCGAGAAAGGGUCCGCAUUUCCUUCCGGCCGCCUUCAAGAAGCCAGUUUACUCGCUGCAGGUGGUGGGCUAUAGCGUUAUUUUCUGGGGCAUUUACACUCCAUUCUUUUUCCUUCCCGCAUAUGCCACCUCCCAUGGAGUCGAUGUCGAUUGGGCGUUUUAUAUCAUGCCGAUCUACAACUCCGGAUCCUUCGUGGGCCGAAUCGUCGGUUCUAGGCUUACAUUCUACCUCGGGCGGUUUAACACUCUGAUCGGAGCGAUCUUCAUCUCUGGAAUCCUGGAGUUCUGUUGGCUAGCAACGUCCAACCUCGGAGGUCUGGUGACUUUCGCAGUUCUCUUCGGGAUAUCUUCAGGGGCCAUCAUUGGAUUGUUCCCAACGACAGUGGCCAUGACUGCUCCUCAGGCCAAUCAAAUCGGGACAUACCUGGGUAUGAUGAUGGGCGCGCUGGGAGUAUUCUGCCUUACCGGCUCGCCGAUGAUGGGCGCCAUUGUCAGCAGUUCUGGGUUCAAGCCCGCCAUUGCGUUUAGCGCCGCACUCACGAUGCUUGGAGGAAUUAUGAUAUUGGUAGCGCGAAUAUUCCAUUCCAAAGAGAUAGUUGCAUGAUCCGGUGUUUGGUAGUACCGGUGGAUUUGAAAAAGUUAUUUGUGACGGUUGAGGUUUCCAUAGCAUGCAUCGGCAUUGACGGGUACAUAUAACAUACAUAAGGAGCAUAGAUUUCGGAACAAUAGUGAGAGAUAGAUCUUAUGUAGGUACAUAUUAAUUGAACUUCUUGUCUUAUCCAUUUGAUUCAUAUAACAGAGUGAGUCUGACCAGAUACUCUAAAUUCUCGAGGCACCAGGGAAAGAUGGCCAUGAUCCUAUCUUGCGCAAUCAUAUGGCCUGUUAGAUAACUGGAACUGUGCAUUGGAACUUCGCAACAAGCAAAUUGCAACAUAUUCUAUCUAUCAAGGCUCCCUGAAAAGUACUGAAUAUGACCAAGAAUCGCACGAUAGUUGUGCCGCGGCCCUUGGAGGGACUUUGAAUCAACAAAUAUAGUGCGUUGGUUAAAGAUCAUCGUUCUUCACUCAUGCCAAGAACAAUACAAAGGCAGAUGUGACAACAAUGGCUUACCCAAAGCCCGAGCGCGUCUUCUCCGGCUUUAAAUACCUUGUGGAAUGGAUCUCUGAAUGCCUGCACUCGCAAAUUUCGUGCCAAACAGGCUGUUAUCACUACACGCUGCCCUUAAGUGCAAACUCCUAUGGUAUCUCAAGCCGUCGAGCAAAUUCAUGGUGUACUUCACCGAUGCGGAUGCCGAAUUUGCGGUGAACUUUGUGACAGCCUCCAACUUUGUCUCCCUGCAAGUUUGGGUGCCCGUGGCAGCUUGCUGGCUAGUUAUCCACUUCAACAAGCUUCAACGCGGCCAGAGCCGGAGUUUUCACGCCUGUCCUCAAGUGUCGGGGCAUCCAGGCAAACCGAAACUCUUCAUCAUGGUCCGG